AUGAACUGGAGUCUUCAAUCAUGGAUCUCUGAUCACGAAUUCAAUUUAUCCGCUGUAUCCCGAGCUCAGCGGGACGACACUUUGUUGAAGGCCUGGCAUAAUGGUCGCGGGUCUCUGGAAAGUUUUGAGAAAAUCACUUCAAGGAUUGAGGACUACCAGGACCAAAUGAUAGCUCAGGGUGUGAUUGAGUAUGGUCAUAAUGGCAAUCAAAAAAUCAAGAACAUGUUACGGCAACAUAGAAAGUCAUUACAAGAGGCCUAUCGAUUAGAACAAUAUGUCCGUGACACCUUACAAAUGAAAGUUGGAAAUCUUUCCUUGAAGGAAUCCAGGAAGUCUCUGGAGAAGGCAAAUUCACUUGGGAGGCUAUCGAUCCUUGCCUUCGUAUUUCUCCCUGUCUCUUUGGUAACAUCAUUUUUCGGUAUGAACAUCAGUGAGAUGACUGGCAAUGGUGCUCCAUGGAAAAUAUUUCUCAUCGUUGCUGCUAUUUUAUGUAGCCUGGGAGUUGUUCUCUUCCUUUGGAUAUUCAGGAAAUCUCCAGGGGUCUUGAAAUUUCUUUUUGCUUGCUCAUAUCCACCCGUUUGGAUUCUCGACUGGAUCAAUGAGAAGACAUUCGGUCAUACUGGUUUGUGGUUCUGGUGCCGUAAACACCUUGGUAAACUCUAG